AUGCAAGUAGAAGGAACAAGAAAGGAAAGGAAUCCAGAGGUGCUUAAUGAAAAGGUGGUUAUUCCUAUGAUUGGUGAGAUCUUGAAGGAUCCAGUAUUGAAGGGAAACUUGGAUGAGGGUAAUAUUCAAGGUGAAUUGGUGGGAAACUCUCAUGAAGCUCUUGAGAAAGUGAUGGAUAAUGAGACUGUGGAAGUGAUUCAGUUUAAGAAUCCUAUUGAGAAAAGUGUUGAUGUGCAAAAUGUUCUGUUUGAGGUUAGAAGAAUGAGUAGCUUUUCAUUGGAUGAUGAUUGUGGAUUAGUGAAACAUAGAGAACUCCAGAUAAAGGCUUUUAUUUAG